AAUGAGUAACAAUAAAUUCAAAAGAUUUGAUUAAUCCUUGUUUUUGAAGUUUCAACAAUGACUUAUUGAUUUAAAGUCUAUAUAAAGCUUGAUAAUGUUACAUAUUUCACAUAGACUAAUUCUUUUCAUUCAAUGUGCACAAAUCUAGAUAUGGGUACGAAGAGCAAAGUUUUGAUCGUUGGUGGUACGGGAUACAUAGGGAAAAGGCUCGUGAAGGCCAGUUUAGAACAAGGCCAUGAAACAUAUGUUCUCCAACGACCAGAAAUCGGUCUCGAGAUUGAGAAAGUCCAGAUGCUACUUUCGUUCAAGAAGCAGGGAGCUCAUCUUGUCAUUGGUUCAUUUAACGAUCAUCGUAGCCUUGUAGAAGCCGUUAAGCAAGUAGACGUCAUGAUAUGUGCAAUUUCUGGUGUGCAUUUUCGUAGUCAUCAAAUCCUGCUUCAACUUAAGCUUGUUGAUGCCAUAAAAGAGGCAGGAAAUGUUAAGAGGUUUUUACCAUCCGAGUUUGGUACCGAUCCAGCAAGAAUGGGGCAGGCAAUGCCACCAGGACGAGAGACGUUUGAUGAGAAAAUGGUGGUGAGAAAAGCGAUUGAAGAUGCCGGGAUCCCGUUCACCUACGUAUCCGCAAACUGCUUUGCCGGAUACUUUGUUGGAGGGUUGUGUCAAAUGGGCCAUAUUCUUCCUUCAACAGAUUCCGUCACCUUGUACGGAGAUGGUAAUCAGAAAUCAAUAUAUGUAGAUGAAGAUGACAUAGCAACAUAUGUCAUCAAAACUAUCGACGACCCUCGCACUCUUAACAAGACGCUUUACAUAAGGCCUCCAGCAAACAUUCUUUCGCAACGACAAGUUGUGGAAAUAUGGGAGAAGCUAAUAGGGAAACAACUCAAGAAGCCAUGCCUCCCGGAGCAAGAAUUUCUCAAUAGCAUAAAAGACGAAGAAUAUGUAGUCCAGUCCGCGAUGACUCACUAUUACCAUUUCUUUUACGAAGGUUGUCUGGCAAAUUUUGACAUCGGAGAUAAUGCUGAAGAAGCUUGUCAUCUCUAUCCUGAAAUCAGAUACACCACCGUGGAGGAGUACCUAAAACAAUACCUUUGACUGACUUUGUCAAUUCAUACUACUUGUGUAUCAAGUAUGUUGCGAUGUCAAUAUCACAUAUUUUAUAUGGCCAGAUAUGUCAUAAUGUUGGAAGCAAUCUUUUUCUACUUUAUAUAAAAGUAUGGUUGUCUGUAUCCUAUCUUCCCUAUCUUGUUUUUGACGGGAUUGGGUAUACUUGUUGUAUAUGUGCUAUU